AUGGGAUAUGAAAUCAGCAUCUCCAGUCCCGAGCAGAAUGGCAAUGAGGAAGAAGGAGCACAUCAUAUUUCGGUUUCGAAUUCUAAUGGUGAGACCAACGAAAAUAGUGAUGCCUUGAGUAAAGGCUCUGGCGAUGCCGAUGAACCCCAUUCGCCGCCUUCUAAUUUAUCCUCAAUACCACUGCCUACUGCAGGUCCAUCUUCUUCGCCCCACAAGAAUGUGGUAGAUGAAGAUGAUGAGAAGAAACAGUCGGAAGACGAAAGAGAACAAGAUCCACUAUAUCAAGAAAUGUUGAUGAUAAGCACUAAAGUUCCUCGAAGAGUGAAGGUUUAUCUUCUUCAAGGUGAAGAUUGGCUAGAUAAUGGAACUGGUUAUUGUACCGGUGAAUUUUCGGAAGACACCCAUAAGCCGUAUUUUUUCGUCAGAAGCGAAUUGCAUCCACAAGAAGUUAUUCUUAAGUCAUACCUAGAAGGCUCUAUACAGUAUCAGAGACAACAGGAAACUUUGAUUGUAUGGACCGAUCUUUCUGGUAAAGAUCUCGCCUUAUCAUUUCAAGAAACUGAAGGAUGUGCUGAUCUUUGUGAGUUUAUAAUAAAAGUUCAACAACAGGGCUUCAGCUCUGAUAUAUCAUUGUACUAUGUCAUAUCAAAUGCUAGUAUAUCGGAUAAUGAUGGUAAUAAUGGAGGUGUAAAUGAAAUUACUGAAUUAAUCACUGGUCCUAUAAAUAUACCUGAAGAUCCAACGAUUGAUAACCUAGAGUCCAUUAUCGAUGUAAUUAGUCAAGGUUCAAAUUCUCAAUACACCCGAUCUUGUAUCCUGAAAUUCAUAAUCGAAAGUAAAUUUUUCGAAAAACUUAUUGAUGUCUUUAACCAAUCCGAAGAGAAAAGAAAAUUACAGAAUUUAUUCACCCUUACCGAAAUUAUAAAAAUUUUGAUAAUAUAUAAUGAACCUUCUAUAAUUGAAGACUUUGUUUCUAGUGAAUCAAAAAUUCUAGGUUUAGUUGGUAUAUUAGAAUAUGAUCCAGAAUAUCCAAAUUUUAAAGCUACUCAUCGAGAAAUAUUCGCUGACAAAUCCAAAUUCAAAACCGUUAUUGAAAUCCCAAAUGAUGAAGAUAAAAUAAAUAUCUUUAAAAGAGAUUUCUAUUUAAAUUUUUUGAAAAAUGUUGUUUUGGCUAGGUAUUUAGAUGAUCAAACUUUUAAUACUUUAAAUUCACUAAUAUUUUUCAACCAGGUUGAAAUCAUAAAUUUUUUGAAAAAUUCCGAAUCUAAUGAUAAUUUCUGUACAAAGUUAUUCAACAUAUAUGAUAAUGAUAAUGAUAAUAAUGACAACAAUAUUAAUAAUGUCAAUAAGAAUGGCAUUUGCUCUGAUAAUACCAAUAAUACUACUAAUAAUACUUAUAAUAAUAACAAUAAUGAUGACUAUAACCAUAAUAAUAAGCUUGCAGAACACAAAUCGACAAAUAACCAUAUCAACACAAGUCCAAGCUCAAGCAUUCAUACUAAUACCGAUUCCUCCAAUGAUACUCCCAAUACUCCGAUAUCACCGAAUCCAAAUUCCCAAAACUCAAAACAAGUUUCAUUAAAAACGAAAAGAAAUGGUGUUAAGAUGUUACAUCAAUACGUUCUUAUAACCAAGUCUCUACAGUCUUACCAAAAAUCUGAAUUUUUUUCAGUUUUAGUCAAAACUGGGCUUUUUAAAAUGUUAAGUUUUGCCCUAAAGGAUACUGAUAGUAAUACAAGGGUUUUAGGUACCGAGCUUAUAGUCAUUAUAAUAGAACAGGAUGUCUCGCUUGUUAAUUCUAUCGAUAACGAUAACUCGAUCGAUAUUUUAGAUCCUCCAUCUAUGAGUCCAGCAGCAGCAGCAGCAGCAGCAGCAAAUUCAGAAAAUUGCAAUGAUAAUAAUCUUAUUGAUAAAGAUAAGAACUUUGAAGAACACAAGCCUCUCAAAUUUAAAUUAUCUGAUGAUAUGACAUUGAGUCUUAUAUUGAGUAAAUUGUUAUUAGAAGAUAAAAACCCUGGUUUAAAAAUCCAAGCAUUUGAAGCGUUGAGAAUUUUAUUGGAUUCAAAUAUUGCAUCUAAUACUUCAAUUCCGGGUCAAUUUGAAGGAUCAAACGGAGAACCAAACAUGAAGAAUGUUCAAAAUGGGUUUGAUUUAGAAGUUUUGAGAAACCAAUUUAGCAAUUUCCAAGACGAAUAUGAAGAUGAAGAAGGCGAAGAAAACCGAAAUCCACUCAAUCGAGGAUCUAAUGAAGUGAAUGAUAUUAAUACCAACAAUUAUUUCGAAGCUUUUUAUUCUAAAGUUGCCCCUGGUUUAUUCAAAGAAUUGAGUGACUUGUCUUACUCCAAAGAAGAUUCAAAAUUACAUGAAUCAAUUGUAUCUAAAAUCAAAGGCGAUGAAAUUUUAUAUCAACAUUUAUGUGACUUGAUAUCAUUUUGUUCUAAAGAACAUGAAGCAUAUAUUUCCCGACCAUUUUUCUUGGAAAACAAUAUACUUUUAGGGGUAAGUAAAUUGAUGGUUAUUGAUGUUAAGAUUACUUUGAAAUUGAGUGCUAUCAGAUGUUUAAAGAAUAUCUUAUUGUUAAAUGAUGGGUUUUAUUCAAGAUACAUUAUUAAUAACGAUAUUUUCCAAUAUUUUUUCGACUUUUUCAAUACCAUCAUAAGUGAAAAUAAUUUGGCUAACUCAACCUGUCUUGAUUUAUUAGAGAUCAUCAUCAAAAAUUGUGAUAAAACUGUGAAUCAUGGUAAAAGACAUAAUUUCAAAUUAUUGGCUGAAUAUAUAUAUAAGAAUUUCAAAGAUAUCUGUCGUGAUAAAAUUAAUUACGUCAGUACCGGGAAAGAAUUAGUUAAAAUGGUGGAAAAUGAGUUCUACGAAGACGAUACUAAACAAUUUGGAGUGGCCGAUACCUCGUUUGACUCUGAAGACGACGAAUUCUUGAAUAAUGGCCACAACGUCUCUACCCCGAUCAAGAGUGAUGAAGAAGUUGAGCCAAAUGAACUGAAUGAACACCUACCCUUAACUAAUGGUAGUGGUCCUCAUAACUUGUUCGAGGAUAUCGAAAAAGACAUGGGCCAUAAAACUCAUGCCAAAAGAGCUCGUGAAGAUGAUAAUGAUUCAGAAUUGCAACCUAUUCAUAAGAAAGAGACCUUCAUUUCGGUGGCAGACCUGCCGAAAUCGGUGCUGCCAACCUCGGUGCUGCCCAAAUCCAACCCGGUCUCUCCUACAAAUGAUGAACCCGCCUGA